CCACCAAGACAGAGGUGCCGACUGCCCAGUGGUCCAUGCCGAGCGUUGUGAUCAAGCCAAAGCCUCGUUGUCGUCCCGAAAAGCCAAAUGAAAUUUCCAAAUUGCCCAUCAAAACUUUCUGAAAAAGCUCUGCAAUCUCUGCAUGCGUAGGUGAGAUGAGGUGACUCAGGUGAGAGACUGAGGAGAGAGAUGGCUUCCAGCCUUGCAAUAUUUACUCUGCCGCGUUAUCUCUGCUCCGCCACCAGCAAUUACAACAAGCAGCAGCAGCUGCUUCGACUGUCGCCGUCUUCGCUGGGCCCAGCGGCUUUGCUCGCCGCCUCCUCCACCACAAGCCUCCGAGCCGUUUCUCCAUCUCAUCAUGCCUCCUAUGGCCAAACGUCUGAAUUGCCUGAUACAACUUGGGAUAACCUUGGAUUCGACAAACCCAUGUCAGCUGAUUACAUGUUUAUCAUGAAGAGUUCCGAAGAUGGAAGCUUUUCAGAUGGUGGGUUACAACGUUUUGGGAAAAUCGAAUUGAACCCAGCAGCCUGUGUCUUGAACUAUGGCCAGGGAAUAAUUGAAGAAUUGAAAGCCUACAAGAAGCCAGACAAUUCUAUAUUACUAUUUCGCCCAGAGGAACAUGGGUUGCGGAUGAGAGUGGGUGCAGAGCGCCUGCUUAUGCCGGCACCAACCGUUGAGCAGUUUGUGGAAGCUGUCAAAGUUACUGUAUUGGAAAAUAGACGUUGGGUUCCCCCACCAAAUAAAGGCUUUCUACAUAUUCGACCGCUACUUAUUGGGAGCGGACCUGUUCUCAGUCUUACACCAGCUCCAGAAUUCAUCUUUCUGAUUUUGGUGACCCCAAUGGGGGACUAUUCUAGGGGAGGCUUAGAACCGAUCAAUUUGGUGGUUGAAAACGAAAUCCAUCUUGCAGUCCGUGGUGGAGCUGGAAGUGUAAAGGCCAUAGGAAAUUAUGCUGCUAUUUUGAAAGCACAUGUGGAAGCUAAAGCAAAUGGUUUCUCUGAUGUUUUGUUCCUCGAUUCUGUUCACCAAAGAUAUGUUGAAGAGACUUCUACUGCUAACAUUUUUCUCGUGAAGGAUAAGAUUAUCUCCACUCCAACAUUGGAAGAAGGGACAGUUUUGCCUGGCGUUACACGUAAAUGUGUAAUUGAAAUUGCUCGCAGCCAAGGGUAUCAGGUUGAGGAACGCCUUGUGUCGGUUGAGGAAUUAUUUGAAGCUGAUGAAGUCUUCUGUACUGGAAAUGCUGUCCAUUUAUCCCGUGUGGGCAGCAUAACUUACCUGGGCAAAAGGGUGUCUUACUGUGAAUCUGAACCUGCUGUCGUGUCUCAGCAACUGCACCAGGAGCUGUCAAAUAUAGAAACGGGUCAUACAGAAGACAAGUUGGGUUGGACAGUGAUCAUGAAGUAGGAAGGAUUGAUCACUGAUGUUAAACAAAACUUCCAGUUGUGAGCAUUGACAGCUCUGUAGAACGAAUAAACAUUGUUGUAGUCUAAACGUAAGCCAAAUGCAUAUACGUCCAAGAAAGUUGGACCACAGUUUGAAGUCUAUUUAGCCCUUUUCAACUUUCAUUUGUGAAGAGUCAAUUCAAUCUCUAGAUAUCUUCCGAUUACGAUGAAGAAGAACGUCAUCUUUGGACUAGUAGUUAGUCAAAAGAAGCAACGUAUCAUUUUCAAUACUCUGUAUUUUUGGCCUUUUGGACCACAGGGGCCGUAUUUAGAAGACAGUACGGCAUGCUAAGUUCUUGGAUUUCUUAUCAACUAAUUAAAUUGUAUUCUUUUAUUUUCGCCUGACCUGGCAUCCUCAGCGUUGAAAACGCGUGGUCAUAUAUAAUUAUCUGCUCCAAUCUUCUUUUAGUAAUUUUGAAGGUUAUCAGACUCUCAUAUCCAUCUCAUUCCUAUCGAUAAGUAAGUGAUGACUCAAACAAUGACAUUUUUGUAUUUAAUAUAUACAUAAGGUCCCUCCAAUAUGAGAUUGAUGGCUACGUACUCUGUUUCCAGAUCCCCACAUACCAAUUUGGCUCUUUGCACCCGUUUUUCUCUCACUUGCCACUCUAUUA